CACGUUAGGAAAGUGGUCAACUCCAAUCAACGGCGUAAUGAUGGGUUCAUUUGCCGACAUAACGAUACUGGAGAGACUCAACACGCACCAGCAACCGGCUAUGGCUGUAUCGUGUCCGCAUCGAUCGCUUUAUCACGGCCCGCUUUCCUGCCCAGCUCAUUUGGCCGUUCAGGUUUCUGAACGACCGGUACAAGACGCUCGUGUCGGAUCGAGUGACUUUCUUAUUACCACGACGACAUCAUUCUGAUCAGGAUUGAUUUUCAGUUGCUCCGCGGGGACCAACAUGGCCUCCGCACGAGCAAGAUUCGAAGUUCCCGGCGGCUGCGACCUGGACGUUGACGCACUUCUCUCGUCGUUGGCCUCUCGUGGCUGGCAGGCCGCAGAGUCUACCGAUGACGAACUGGGUGAGAGUGCGCGUUCCGGGCUCUUUCACGAGGAGGAUGGUGAGGACUCCACGGACGGAUGUGCCAGCUACAGCAUCAAAGUGGUUCGCAAGACUUCGCCAGGAGCAGGUCAAGGUGCGCCUGCAUCUGCUGACAGCUUCAGCGUCAAUGGAGUGCAGGUCAGACUCCUCAUGGAUCAGGUGUGUGAGGUCGCCAUCAGUGGCUCGCGUCUCAAUGAUGAGCAAACAAUGGAUGACAGGGCGGUUGUCGUGGAAAAGAGACGUUCAGACCCCAUUGGCAAUGGUGAUACUGGUGAUAUUUCCGUUCUUUCUGACAGAUCUCAGAAAGGAGCUGGCCGCAAUGACAUUGAUGCUUUGCACAGUGGGGAAUCAGCAGCAGCAGUGCCAGCUGUAAUCAGAGACUGCAAUGGCACCAACGGUAUUCCCAUGAAUAACGGUGCAACGCAAAUGAACGUCCAGACAACACAGGCAAGUAGCUCCAGUGAGGAGUGUGAUGCAGCGCAAAAGUCAACCCCCAAAGUGGCAACGAAGGCCAGCACAGCUUAUGAAGCUAAACAGAAUGCAGCAGUUGCAGGUAUAGUUUCACGCGGUGCUGACAGCGAAGCUGAUACUUCUACCGUGAAUGGUGAUGGAAAAGCAGCAAUGGACGAGGCUGGAUCUUCAGAUGCGGCAUCACCCUUCGAUGGAAAACGGGAUGGUGACAAGGAGAGAGCGGUGAAGGCCACGACGAGUCCUGAGACUAUGGCAAGUGACAAGAAAAGCGUCAGUGGGAGAACUGAGACUGAGGACGUUUCCAAGCGGCAUACACUGCCUGCAGGUAUCAGCGAUGGUGGACCUGCCGGCAAUGGUUGCAGAGAUGCUGCUGAUAAUGACAGCAAGCAACAAGGCAACUGUACCAUGCCCACUGGUGUCUCCACUAUUCACCAGACUGUCAAAGACCACUCUGGUAGUAGUCCAGCUGCACUUCUGCAACAAACUACUGGUCCGGAUCUGUCACGUGGAAAGGAAGCAGAUAAUCUAUUCCCACCGGCUGCUGUGCAUCUGCCGACGGUGGAAACUGCAGCCGGUGCCGAUAGUAACUCACCCACGAGUAAUACCAAACCUGCAGAUCCUGCGCUCCAGGAUUUAGAACCAGCAUCAUCAUCACCAUCACCAUCAGCAGCAGCAGUAUCAGCAGCCGCACUAGUGGCAGCAUCAUCACCAGUACCAGCACCAGUAGCAGCACCGGCACCAGUAGCAGCACCAGUAGCAGCAACAGCACCAGUAGCAGCACCAGCACCUGUUGCAGCACCAGCACCAGUAGCAGCACCAGCACCUGUUGCAGCACCAGUAGCAGCAUCAUCACCAGUACCGGUACCAGUAGCAGCACCAGUACCAGCACCAGCACCAGUACCAGUAGCAGCACCGGCACCUGUAGCAGCACCGGCACCAGUAGCAGCACCAGUAGCAGCACCAGCACCAGUAGCAGCGCCAGCACUAGCACCAGCAGCAGUAGCAGCAGCGGCUGGAGAUACUAUUCUGGACACGUUGGGCACAUUAUCUGCGGAUCAGGUAAAUCCUGGCCCUAUUGGCACAGAUGAGGUGCAAGGGAGUACUACCGCCACUGAGGUGCAAGGGAGUACUACCGCCACUGAGGUGCAAGGGAGUACUACCGCCACUGAGGUGCAAGGGAGUACUACCGCCACUGAGGUGCAAGGGAGUACUACCGCCACUGAGGUGCAAGGGAGUACUACCGCCACUGAGGUGCAAGGGAGUACUACCGCCACUGAGGUGCAAGGGAGUACUACCGCCACUGAGGUGCAAGGGAGUACUACCGCCACUGAGGUGCAAGGGAGUACUACCGCCACUGAGGUGCUAGGGAGUACUACCACCACUGAGGUGCAAGGGAGUACUACCGCCACUGAGGUGCAAGGGAGUACUACCGCCACUGAGGUGCAAGGGAGUACUACCGCCACUGAGGUGCUAGGGAGUACUACCGCCACUGAGGUGCAAGGGAGUACUACCGCCACUGAGGUGCUAGGGAGUACUACCGCCACUGAGGUGCUAGGGAGUACUACCGCCACUGAGGUGCAAGGGAGUACCCCCACCGCCACAACUACACCUGUACAGUUGCCUACUGACAUCAGAGAUAUCAGAUCGGAAUCCUCUCCAAUGUCCCAGGAUCCGGGUAUCAGAGAUAUCAGAUCGGAAUCCUCGCCAAUGUCCCAGGAUCCGGCCAUCAGAGAUAUCAGAUCAGAAUCCUCUCCAAUGUCCCAGGGUCUGGCCAUCAGAAAUAUCAGGUCGGAAUCCUCGCCAAUGUCCCAGGAUCCGGCCAUCAGAGAUAUCAGGUCGGAAUCCUCGCCAUUGUCCCAGGGUCCGGCCAUCACCCCUGAUGCGGAAGCAAAGGUGGUAAUCGGCACGGCAGAAGAGGAAAGUGGCGAUGUCCAAGGCAGUGACUCAGGCGAUGCAGUAACUCCAACUGGCUCUCCAUCACAGUCAUAUACGUACAUCAACCAAGUACUGCAUCUACCUGAUCACCAGGGACAAGCACCCACUCCAACUGAUUCAGCAACCAUGGGAAGCGCUGCUGCUGCUGGUGUUGCUGCUGCCAACGCAUCGGUGCAAACUCACAACGACCAACAACUAGUCACUACAUCACCACCGUACACAUCCACACGACAGGUCCCACCAGCGGCUAGCCCCGGUCCAGCUGCCACUUCCGCUCUGGCCGUCACUUCCGCUUCAUCUGAAUCUCCCGAUCUGGAUGUGACAUCUGCUUCAUCUGACACUCUCGAUCUGGCUGUGACAUCUGCUUCAGCUGGCACUCCCGAUCUGGCUGUGACGUCUGCUUCAUCUGAAACUCCCGAUCUGGCUGUGACGUCUGCUUCAGCUGGCACUCCCACUCGGAUCGUCACUUCCGCUCUAGCUACCACUCCCGUUCUGGCCGUUACUGCUGCUCAAGUUACCACUGCCACUCUUCCCGUCAUUCCCGCUCUGGCUGACACUCCUGCUGCGGCUGACACUCCUGCUUCGGCUGACACUCCCGCUCUGGCUUUUACUCCUGCUCCGGCUGACGUGACUCCUGCUCCGGUUGCUGCUCCGUCAAAGCGGUUGGUCCUGCUCACCGGAAUCCCGGACUCGUUCCAAUCUCUUCUCCUUCUUAUGUACUUCCGCAAGGAGAAAACCAGCGGUGGUGGUGGUCAGGUGGAGAUCGUACAAGAGCUUAGACAACAUGGGUGUGUACUGCUCAGAUUCCAACAUGCAGAUGCUGCCAGCCGUGUUGUCAAGCAAAGCAGGCACACCCUUCCUGGACACGCGCAGCACACGCUGCAUGCCGAAUGGGUCCAGGACGGUCCUGACACGACGGCCAUCCACUUGAGCGGCCUGGAGGGAGGCACCGCCGACGAAUCGACUAUCCGACAGGCGUUGUCUCGUGUCGUAGGGCCAAGCGCAGGCACCGUCUUGAUUUCCAUAUCCAGCUCCACACCAAUCGCAGAGGCCAUAGUGGAAUUCAAUGAUAUCAACGAGGUUGAAGCGGUUAUGUCGGCGUAUCACACUGGAUGCAUGUCGAGCCUGGGUGCUAAUGCUCACAUCAGCAGAUACUGUCCCGGACUCACUCUCUUAGUCAGCAACUUACCAGAUGAACAAAAUGCUUCCAAUGCGUUCCUGGAGAUGUAUUUUUCCUCCGGCAUUGCUGGCGGUUGUCCUGGUGUUCAGAUGCUGAGUAGAUUGCCGGGAGGAAAGGCUUUAGUACUUUGCCCCAAUCUUCAAGCACGACUUGGCAUUUGUUCCAAACAGCAAAGGAUUGCGGAUCAGCUACAGCUCUCUGUGUGCCCGCACGCACUGGCGAGGGACGAAACUCAGUCGGCACCACGUCCGACAAAUGAUACUGACGCAACCAAUAUAGCAGCUCAAGAUGGACAUACCCCUCGUAGCAAACAGUCUACCCGGCAAACAACGGAGAUAUCAACUCGAGCUAACGACAUCCUCCGUGAUCACAUUCUGGUGGAAGGCCUGCCUUUAGAGUGCGGUGAAGACAUGCUGAAGCAAUACUUUGCGAAAUUGCCGAGUGCUUCUGCCACGGCUCCUGAGUGUAUUGAUGUAGUGAGUAUGCAGCCAGGACGAGCACUGGUACACUUCAACAAGCACGUCGACUUUGAUCAAAUCAAACGUACUGCCUCCAAACAAGCAUUGCUCACGGAUUCUUCUGGUUGCAUGCUUGGCAUUGAGCGUGUCCGAAGGUCCCGUCAUGUGCUUGUGGAAGGAUCUUUCCCGGGUUCUGGUGUGGAGGCUUACCUACUGGACAUAUUUGGAGCUCAACACGUUGCAGGCAUCCAGCAACGUACGUCCCAUUCUGCUCGCGUCAUCUUCCACACUGCUGAUGAUUCGGUCAAGGCCAGAUCAAAUAUUGAUGCUGCCAACCUUCACCUGAUGAUCACCGAAGAGUUUGCCGGCCUGCACUUCCCCGCAGGUAAUGAUGUGGCACCUUCACAGCAUGCACGUAGCCUAGACAGUGGCACUGGCUGCGGAGGAGAAGCACCAGCUGAAUUUACAAUUCAGCUUAACGAGGUCGAGAAGACCUUCCUGAAAGUCCAGCCGGACUACACGCGGGGCCUGCGUAAGGAACUGACUGGCCCAACGUACUGUGCUGACAUGAAGCACAGCCGUAUCCGCGGUGAGAUCACUCUGUCUCCUCUGGCUGGCGCUGACUUUAUCAGCAACUGGAACCACGCCGUGAGCACUGCAGUGCAGAAGAGGAUGGUAGAGAUCGAACACUGCACGGUGGCCAUACCGACAGAGCUAGCAGACGAGGACCUCAACUUAGAAGACAUAGAUCUCAGUCUUGAUGGUGUCCACGUCACAAUGUGUAAGGAGACAGCUGAAUAUCGUCUGAUUGGGUUAUGUCCAUCACUGGAUCAAGCGCGCACUGACUUGGCAAGUGCACUCACUGCAGCUAGGGAGGAGAAACUGCUGGUAAGCCGAACUGUAUCCAUUGGUGCCGACGCCAUGAAGGUGUUUGUGAGUGUUGGCAUGCUGCAGAAGGUGCAGCGUGACUCAAACGUUAUCAGCAUAACACCAACUGGCAGCGAUUGUGCAAACUCAACUCUUCUCUUUGUCCGAGGUCGGGCAGAUCCUGUUGCUAAGGCAGUACAAUGCCUUCAAGUCUCAGCACAGAAAGUGAUCCGUGUGCCGCUGGUUUUCUCCUCUCGCUACCAGCAGCUGAUGUCUACUCCCGCUGGCAAGAAGUACAUACACGACCACCUUCAGCAUGCUGCAUGUCAACUUGCUGUGAGCCGUGUAGAUGGCAUUGAAGUGAGUCGACUGCUUUGCUUCCAGGAAGACGAACAAGCUGUUCAUGAAGCCGUCAGGCAUCUCAUGGACACCUUGACCGAGUUGAAGGUUUCUCUAGACAAUGUUGGUAUGUUCAUGGCUCGGCAAGUGGAGUGGCAGACACAGGUACUGGAUGAGAUCUUGUCGCAAGAUCUGUGUGCCGAUGUUCGGCUUCAACCCCAGGAUUCCUGCGUGAAUGUCAGUGGCGAGGCCAGUGCUGUGAUGAUGGUCAAAUAUCUUAUAGAGCAGUACAUCAGCAGUGGUGACAGAGUGCAGCAAACAGUGCCAUUUACGUCAGACCAUCAUCUGAACUAUUUUCAGCGACACAUGAACGCUAGCUUUGCCUAUUUGGUCAGCAAGGCUCGCUCGCGUGCUGUGACGAUAUCUCUGAGCUCUGUGCCACCAGCUGUUCUCCUGGAAGGCCUGCAGGUCGAAGUGUCAGGGGUACAAACUGAGCUGAAGCCAUUGCUCGUUUGCCACGAGGAUACGCUGUGCAUCUCUCGCCCAGGCAUUCAGUGUCACAUGGGAAAGGAUGAUGUCGGAACCAUGUUGGCCAGUGUAGAGGCUAAGCACGGAGUGCUGGUCCAGCGCUUCUCCCCGUCCCAGGAAGAUAGCCAUGACACAAAGAUGGGAGCGAAAGGAGGUACUGCUAGCACAAAGCCCAGAAGCGAAACAAGAAACAAUAUUGGCAGCUCUGAUUCUGUCAACGGUGCUGGCGGUAGCGAUGAUGACAAUAUCCUUAUUGAGCAACAUGCAGACAUCUUGCUGAAGAGACGUGCAUGCCAUGGCAAAGACAUACUGGUCUGCAAGGGCGACAUCACCAAGUUCCCUUCCUCAGCUAUUGCCAAUGCUUGCAAUGAACAGCUAGCCCAUGGUGGUGGAGUGGCGGCUGCCAUAUCUCGUGCAGGCGGGCAUAGCAUCCAACAAGACAGCCAUGACUUCAUCCGCCGAAAUGGACCAUUAUCUGUCACUGCAGUGUACGCUAGCAAAGUGGUUGGGAAGCUGCCAUGUCAGAUGAUCUUACAUGCUGUUGGUCCAAGAUGGAGCACUACCUCUCCGCAACGAGUCACUUCGGAGCUGUACAAGUGCAUUUCCAACAUUCUGGAUGAAGCCAGCCAUUUGGAAAGUGUUGCAAUUCCUGCAAUCAGCUCUGGAAUUUUCGGCUUCCCGGCGCAGGUCUGUGCAACUCAGCUUGCCAACGCAGCUGUUGAGUGGUGUCGGACACAUGCAGACAGUCGACUACGCAAUGUGAUCUUCAUCGACAUCAAUGAAUCCAUUCUUUUUGCUCUCAAAGAGCAGGUUCAAACGGCCACAUCUGGUGAGAGCGAGAUCCAGGACAAACCACCGCACUCCUCAGCUACAGGACGUGAUGAAGCUAUUGGAGCACGUCACAACAGCAGUGUGAACGGUUACAGCCUUGACAGCAGCAGCAGCAGCGACUCCGAUGGGAGUAUUGACGAAGAUGAUGUGACUGAGAAGUUUGGCCAACACGCAGACAUCUUGCUGAAGAGGCGUGCAUGCCGUGGCAAACACAUACUGGUCUGCAAGGGUGACAUCACCAAGUUCCCUUCCUCAGCUAUCGCCAAUGCGUGCAAUGAACAUCUGAGACAUGGUGGUGGAGUGGCGGCUGCCAUAUCUCGUGCAGGCGGGCCUAGCAUCCAACAAGACAGCAAUGCCUUCAUCCGCCGAAAUGGACCAUUAUCUGUCAGUGAAGUGUACGCUAGCAAAGUGGUUGGAAAGCUGCCAUGUCAGAUGAUCUUACAUGCUGUUGGUCCAAGAUGGAGCACUACCUCUCCGCAACGAGUCACUUCGGAGCUGUACAAGUGCAUUUCCAACAUUCUGGAUGAAGCCAGCCAUUUGGAAAGUGUUGCAAUUCCUGCAAUCAGCUCUGGAAUUUUCGGCUUCCCGGAGCAGGUCUGUGCAACUCAGCUUGCCAACGCAGCUGUUGAGUGGUUUUGGACACAUGCAGACAGUCGACUACGCAAUGUGAUCUUCAUCGACAUCAAUGAAUCCAUUCUUUUUGCUCUCAAAGAGCAGGUUCAAAUGGCCACAUCUGGUGAGAGCGAGAUCCAGGACAAACCACCGCACUCCUCAGCUACAGGACGUGAUGAAGCUAUUGGAGCACGUCACAACAGCAGUGUGAACGGUUACAGCCUUGACAGCAGCAGCAGCAGCAGCGACUCCGAUGGGAGUAUUGACGAAGAUGAUGUGACUGAGAAGUUUGGCCAACAUGCAGACAUCUUGCUGAAGAGGCGUGCAUGCCGUGGCAAAGACAUACUGGUAUGCAAGGGCGACAUCACCAAGUUCCCUUCCUCAGCUAUUGCCAAUGCUUGCAAUGAACAUCUAGGCCAUGGUGGUGGAGUGGCGGCUGCCAUAUCUCGUGCAGGCGGGCAUAGCAUCCAACAAGACAGCAAUGACUUCAUCCGCCGAAAUGGACCAUUAUCUGUCAGUGAAGUGUACGCUAGCAAAGUGGUUGGGAAGCUGCCAUGUCAGAUGAUCUUACAUGCCGUUGGUCCAAGAUGGAGCACUACCUCUCCGCAACGAGUCACUUCGGAGCUGUACAAGUGCAUUUCCAACAUUCUGGAUGAAGCCAGCCAAUUGGAAAGUGUUGCAAUUCCUGCAAUCAGCUCUGGAAUUUUCGGCUUCCCGGCGCAGGUCUGUGCAACUCAGCUUGCCAACGCAGCUGUCGAGUGGUGUCGGACACACGCAGACAGUCGACUACGCAAUGUGAUCUUCAUCGACAUCAACGAAUCCAUUCUUUUUGCUCUCAAGGAGCAGCUUGAAACGGCAUCAUCCCGGCACCAGAGUGUUUUUGCGGAAGAAGCUGUGCGUAGUUCUACUAGAAGGUUUGAACAUACCACCGACUCUCAUCAGAACAUUGGGACAACGAAAGGCGAGCAGGGCAAGAAAUCGAAAUCAAGGGGCCUCUUGAAGAAGCUCAAAAACCACUUGCCAUCGGCCACUACUGUCCACUCGGCAUUGAAACCCACUGCUAGAGCUGCUGCUGCAGCGGCGGCUCAGUUCUAUACAUCUGAUGAUGAUCAGCAACAUCUGUUUCAUGUCGGAAAGACAUCGAUUGUCGUGAAGCAAGGAUGCAUAGCCGAAUGCAGUAGCAACGCCAUAGUGAACUCAUGUGGCUCUCAGCUGAACAUGUCUGUCUCCGGUGCAGCCUCGCAGGCAAUAAGCAAGGCGGCUGGUAGCGGCUUGCAGCGCGACUGCACCGUGCGCGUCGCAAAGCAUGGGCCAGUGCCGGUGGGAAGUUUUCAUGUGACGGCUGGCUACAACCUAGCUACCAGCAUAGUGUACCAUUGCGUUGUGCCGCACUGUACCGACGCUGGAGCAGAUAAGGAUCUGGGCAAGAUAGUGGGAGAUAUCUUAAGACAUGCUAGCAAGUACAGCAUAUCGUCCAUAGCAUUUCCAUCACUUGGUGCUGGUCGGAAUGCCUUUCCUCCUCGUCGCUCUGCUGAGCUUCUCAUCGGUGCUGCUCGGCAGUUUGCCAGAGAGAAUCCGAACACAUCAGUUCAGAGGAUUGUCCUGUGCAUACAUGACGAGGUCGUCCUCAGCCAGUUCAGAACAGUCGCUGGCAAGCUGCUAACAACGCACGCAGGCGACACGCCCAGUGACGGUGUAUCUAGAGUGCUUACACUGCAACCCGGACGUGCUGUGCAACCUGGACGUGAUGUGGUGCUCUUUCAGCCAACACACAAGGACACGGCCCAGCGGACUAGCACAGCGCUUGCUAGGAGUACGGACAAGCCAAGCUGCCCGGUGCAGGUCAGCGUCAAAAGCGGUGACAUUACACAGGAGAAUGUGGACAUCAUUGUGAUCACAGCAAUGCCAGAUUUGAGAAUGCAGAGCGCCAUGCUCUCCAAGAUUGUGGCUCAAAAAGCUGGUAACACUGUCCAGGCUGCGCUGGAUAAGGUCAAGUCAAGCAGGAUCAUCAGGUGUGGGCAAGUCUGCAGCACACCUGGUGGUAAGCUGCCUUGCAAGUUCAUCAUUCAUGCUGUGAUGGAGUACGCAGCCAGAACUAUGUAUCCUCGCGACUUUCUGAAAUCGCUUGUUUCCGAGUGUCUGGUCGAGGCAGACCGUCUCAACUGCAACAGCAUUGCUUUCCCGGCCCUUGGUGCAGGCGGGCUAGGAUUCUCGACGAGCGAUUGUGCUGAUUCCAUACUGGCAGCUAUUGCUGAACAUGCUGCGAAGCGAGACACAUCUAAGGAACUCAAGUCCAUCUCUCUGGUGAUCUUCCAGGAUGCUUGCGUCCAAGUGUUCAUGGAUGCUAUCAAGCACUACCCAGCACUGACUGCUGGUUCAGCUGCCAACGUCAGCUCCUCGAUGGCUGUGUCAGAGAACCCCAAGAGAAAACACUCUUGCCAUGAAACACCCAGCCCAGUAUCAGCAGCGCCAGCCAAGAUGGAGCAUGUCAGCCGAGACCCGGGAGCAUCCAAAGUCGUUCGUGCCCAAGAGGAGAUCAGAUUCAGGCUGCUGGGAUCCAGCAGCAAUGCUGUGCGGGAUGCGAAAGCCGACGUGAACAGAAUCGUUGGCCACACGCUAACGUGUCGCCGCGUGGAUGAUGAAGAUCUGCACCUUCUGUCUCAAGAUGACCACGGACGUAUCCGCAAGCAGGCUGGCAUGCACGAUGUAGUGGCCGUAUUCAGCGGCACUGCUAGCAUUCAUCUCUAUGGCCGUAAAGCAGAGGUGGCUGCUGUGGAAAGUCAGAUCCUGCAGUUGUGUGUGACAGCCUGGACGCAAGCAUUUGCACAGAACAACGAGGGCGUGCAACGUGCAACAACACAGAAAAAGCAAUACUCACGUGACGUGGCCUGGGAAGAUGUUGGUGAUCUUGACUCUACCGAAGUGUAGCUAUCUAUCGUCCAACUUGCCCAGCCAGGAAAGCCGCAAACAAACUGGUCGCAGUCUCAGUCAGUGGAUCAUUCGUUGCAGCUUUUUUUUCAAAACCGUGGCACCUUAAAAGAUAAUGUCUUCCUGGUUUGUAGCUGCAUAGUAUUUGUAAUUUUAACACAGUGGUAAAUAAUGUUAACUCCAGUAGUGGCCGAGGGUUCCAGUUGGAAAGGGUUGGCUACAUGUUGGUGAUGUAUUGUUUGGCUCAGAUGAGCGCUGCAGCUUCCUUUUUUCCUCCCCAUUUUUAAAUUCUCUUUCAUACGGCGGGAUGGCCUCUGAUUGGGCUAACCUGGCUAAAUGCCCCAAAAAUGACUUUGUGGUAACAAUACAUUGCCUGUCAAUAGCAUACCGUUGUAGUUGUAUGCCAUGAAUGUGAAGGGUUUCCAUGAUGUUUCUCUUUCCUAACAGUUACUGAACGUGCUGAAGUUUUCGAA